UGUGGUAAGAUCAGGCUGUUAUUAAUUUUGUAUUCGAAAAUCGAAUUAUUAAAAUAAUUCAAGAGGCAAAUAAACUUAUUAUAUUCCGUAGUCCGCAGAGAAUGACAGCUGAAAACGAAAGAGAAAUAUACCACAAAUUAGAAGCAAUGAAAGAAAUCAGAAACAAGACGAUCACGCUGGAACGGCUAAAACGAAGUAUUUUAAAUGAAGUCCGUAGUGGAGACCAAGAAGGAAGAUGCCUGGCUCAGUACAAGCGUGAGAUGGAGAUGCUACAACAGGAGAAGAUGAGUCACGUUGAGGAGCUACGUCAGAUACAUGCCGAUAUAAACGCCAUGGAGACAGUAAUAAAGCAGACCGAGGAGAGCAUGUCUCGUAAGCUCAGUACGGCGUCAAGGUUGCACGAGGAUUACCGUCCAUUGAAGGCUGAGGUCGACCUACUGCGGCGUCAGUGUCUGGGCCUCGACCGCCUCCCUGACUUACACGAGGAAGAAGGCAGUCCUAUAACUCCUGAUCGUUUCCCUGCGGGUCCCGUUCGUGCGCCUCCGUUUGUCGCGCCAGCACCGCGCAAGCCGCCGCCUCCGCCGCCCGCCUUUAGGUCUGCUCUCCAACAAGAUUUCCUUACAGUCUCUCUCAGGCAACAACCGCCUCCGAUGAAGUCGUGUCUGUCAUGCCAUCAGCAAAUUCACCGUAAUGCCCCUAUUUGUCCACUCUGCAAAGCCAAAAGUCGCUCGCGCAAUCCCAAGAAGCCGAAGAAGAAAUAGUCUCUUUAUACCAGCCCUCUGCCAAAUAUUUAGUAAUCACGAUCACCAUGACUGCCCUUUGCUAAUGUUUGUUAUUACUCAUCUAUGGUAAUAUAAUUUCACUGAGAGUAAUGUAAUAAUGUAAAGAAAAGUAAAUCAUUUCUCUAUACUUACCCCAACUGUAGAUAUUUCACGCAGAUAUUUAAGUGUGCACAAAGUAUUGUUGUUUUAUUAUUUGAUUAAGAUUGCAUUUUAAGAUAUUAAUCGUGUUUGUGUAUAUUAUAAAAUAAUUUUGAAAAUUAGUCAAUAAGUGGUACUUAUUAUUACUUAGGAUUUGUUAGUAAGUAAACCUGUCAAUCUAUUUGAUUAACCGUUUAAAUACAAAUUCUUGACGCCUAGAGUAUUUUUUCUGUCACUUUAAAGUAUUUGCGAGAUAGUACGAAGAUUUCAUUAAAUUUAUCUUAGCGUCAUAUAUUUAUACUUUUUAUUUUAGGGUUUGUUUUUAAUUUAUAGUGAGUGAAGUGUCAUUAAAUUCUAGUCUGUAUGUUAAAAAUAUGAUGAAAGUGGAAUGCCGAAAUGUCAAAGGGUCUCCAAUGUAAAUACCUAAAUGUGAAUAAUUUAUAAUAAAUUAAAUCUCGAUAUAUGAGUG